CUGAUGUCAUGUCAGAGUCGAUGUAAGGGAUGUCUCUAUACUGUCUGUCUAACUCAUCCCACUGCCGCACCGCCAAGGCAACAAUCUCCUCCGCCAUCCUUUGGGCGUAAUCCAGCAAGAGCAGGUUAGUGGGGGAAACCGGUGGCAAGCCCUUCACAAGCUCAGAGUCGUAGUCCAACAAUAAGGCUGUGCUAUCGUCCACUAUCAAGUCAGUAACAAGGAGGGCCUUCCCCUCGAUGUUUUUGGCCUCGUCGGGGAUUCUGUGUUUUGAUUGGAAGCAUCCCAUUGUAGUACCCUAAAACUAAUUCAACUAAUCCAUUUCUGAAGAGGACGGCGAUGAAGCUUACAAGUUUGGGCCAGUGAUGCGGUCCACAAGACAGCAGCAGGCAAGCUUUCCUUCAAACUUUGGGUGGGUGCCAGAAAGUUGUAUAUAAUACUUCACUCGUCUUCACUGUAAUGUAGGCUAGACACAGAGAGUAUGAAAAGAAACGUGUUCGGCACUUAAGCUACUUGAUUACACACAUCUUUGUAAGCAACAAGCCAUUUAUGAUGCUUUUGAGCAAAUAACUUAAUAAUUUAUGACUAACUAAAAACGAGCACGGUUUCACCAAUUUGAUGAUUGGUCCACUACAUUACAUUAUGUAUUGUAUCCGUUUUACAGAAUUAACAUAAUUAAUUACAUAGAGCAUAGGCUUCUCUAUUUAUUUAAUCAAACAAUAUUCACCAUUAUCGAAUCCAUGCGCUUGGUGGUAUUCGGCAGUAGAAACAGAAGUUGGCAAGCCGUUUAAAGUGCAUAGACGCUCCUACGCUUUUUCUUAGCUACAAAAGCACCAGAACAGCCAAUCACUGCACCUCAGCGAAACUGGACAUUUAACCAAGACAGGAAUCAGCGCAACAGUAGCGUCCUCAACCGGUGUGACAGUGAUAAUGAACUCAAAACACUCACACCGAUGUAUGCGGUUGCGGAUUUCAUAAUAAUGUAAAAACACAUAAUAUCCCACUGGGUUACUGGUUAAAUAAUAUCACUAUAGCUUAAGAGUCCAUUUGUAUAAAGGUUUUGAACAUUAUAUUAAUGAAAUGAGGAAUAGCCAAUAGAAGACGAUGCAUCUACUUCAUAGGUGUCCCGUUAUUCUAAUAACAAUGGGUAGUGCAAAAAUAAUGUUUUCACAAAGAACAUCACGAGGAUAGCGAGAAGCACUAUCUGUAUAGACUCAUUUCAAACCUUUAGGUCUAUUCCCAAAAUGUUAUUAUUUUUGUAGCUCGAGCGCAUGGGUUAGUUAUUGGCAUUAGACCAUAAACUUUGACGACUUACAUCUGACAUAAUUUCGGCCAAUCAAGGGAUUUUGACGACGUAUCAAGGAAGUAGUCGUAUAAAGCUGUUCGUUGUGCAACACUAUGCCUUUCAUUGUUGAGGGAGGCGAACCAGGGGGCUGAGGGAAUCACCAAAAUCAUCACUACGCAUCAGAACAAACCGAAGCUUAACAGACAUUAUGCUAUUCUUUGUGUACCUGUGUUUCUUGUGCGCAUUUGGAGCAACUUGUUCAGGCAGUUCCACAACACCUCAGCCAGUGACGACAGAGGACACCGAGCAAUGUUCCACAUGCGAGUUCAGGCACCAAAGCAAGCUGAUGAGACUACACACCAUCAAGUCCCAAAUUCUUAGUAUCCUCCGACUUGAACAGGCUCCAAACAUAAGCCGGGACAUGAUCAGACAGCUCUUGCCGAAAGCGCCGCCCUUGCAGGAGCUACUCAGUCAGUAUGAUCUCCAGCUGGAUGACAGGAAAGUUGGUACGGCCGAUGAUGGGGAGCACGCCACCACUGAAACCAUCAUUACCAUGGCCACCGAGCCUCAAUCCAGCGUUCAAAAAAACGGAAUGCCAAGAUGUUGCUUAUUUUCUCUAAGCCCGAAGAUAUUACCCAACAACAUAUUAAAAGCGCAGCUGUGGAUUCACCUCCGGCCGACCGAGGAAGCCACUACUGUCUUCUUGCAAAUUUCUCGUCUAAAACCACUGUCAGAAGGCAACACGAGGGCUAUUAUUAGGUCCCUGAAAAUCGAGGUAGAUGCAGAGGCCAGCUCUUGGCAAAGUAUCGACAUGAACCAGCUCCUCCAGUCUUGGCUGAAACAACCCGAGACCAAUCUUGGUAUCGAAAUAAAGGCGUUUGAUUCCAAAGGAGUGGACCUGGCCGUUACCUCUGCUGAAUCUGGCUCGGAGGGACUGAAACCCUUUAUGGAAGUGAAAAUAGCUGAGACGCCCAAACGGUUGAAGAGGGACACAGGGUUGGAUUGUGACGAGAACUCCCCUGAAUCUCGCUGCUGCCGCUACCCUCUCACCGUGGACUUUGAGGACUUCGGCUGGGACUGGAUUAUUGCGCCUAAACGCUACAAGGCUAACUACUGCUCGGGAGAAUGCGAGUACAUGCACCUGCAGAAGUACCCACAUACUCACCUAGUAAACAAGGCAAAUCCGCGGGGUACCGCCGGACCCUGCUGCACUCCCACCAAAAUGUCUCCUAUCAAUAUGCUCUAUUUCAACCGCAAAGAACAGAUCAUCUAUGGAAAGAUCCCCUCAAUGGUGGUGGACAUAUGUGGCUGCUCCUAAACCUUUUCCACGUCAUUGGUCUAAAUAGGAAACUGUAUUAGGGACCCUCAGGAUUUCAAGUUGAUAGGCUACAGAGUUACUGAAUGUUGAAGGACACAACAAAGUAAUAAGUCAUCACAUUUAGAGAGCCAAACCGUCCAACUUUAUCUUCCAUCCAUUAAUCAUAAAGACAGUAGUCCACAUAAUAGCCUACAAUAUGCUAAAUAAAUGUAUGUUUAACUUUU